GUCACUAAGUAGGCAUCAGUUAGAUUGAUAUAUAGUUUUAAAGGUUAUCAGUUAGAAUUUAAACGCAUACAUAGCUGAAUAGCAGUUUCGAAAUAAUAGUAUACUUCCUAAUAUAAAUUUUAACAAUACAUAUCAUAAAUAUAAAGAAAGUCCAGUUAGCUUCAGAAAUUAUUGUUCAUAGCCUAAAGAUAUAAUAAAAUACAUGCGUUUUGAGUGAAAAUAGGUCAACCUAACGAUGGCUACAUUGUCAAGAUUAAAUAAAAUAGCCCUUUUGGGAUUAGGUGCGGUAGGUGGAGGCCUAGCAUAUUAUCAGAUGGGAAGAUCUGAAAAGCAGUACGAUGUACACAAUUCCUGGACAACGAAUUACACACCCAGUGUUAAAUGGGACAAGAAUUGGGAUCACCGGGAACCAGAGUCAAUAGUCCGACCAAAGAGAUCAGAUAAACCUGAAGAUGAGAAUAAAUACAAUGAACAAAUUGAAAAGGCAAAGAGUAAAGCCGUUCGACACUUGUUCCUAAUUAGACACGGACAAUAUAACACUGAUGGUUUAACUGAUAGGGAGAGAAUAUUAACAGAAUUGGGAAGGCAACAGGCAGAUCUGACGGGUAAAAGAUUAUCAUGUCUGGACAUACAGUGGGAUUUGCUUGUGCGUUCAACAAUGACAAGGGCUCAAGAAACAGCUAGUAUUAUAGCAAAGCAUCUACCAAAGGAUAUAGAAGUGACGGAUUGCCAACUUAUAGAAGAAGGGGCACCAAUACCACCAGAACCACCAGUCGGACAUUGGAGACCAGAACCUAAACAGUUCUUCCAGGACGGCGCUAGAAUAGAGGCAGCGUUUAGACGGUACUUCUACAGAGCCCCUCCCGAACAAACAAAAGAUUCUUAUACUCUACUAGUCUGCCAUGCAAAUGUUAUACGAUUCUUUGUUUGCAAAGCCCUGCAGUUCCCUCCAGAAGGAUGGCUUCGGAUUUCCCUUAAUCACGGUUCUAUAACCUGGAUAUCAAUUCUACCGUCUGGGAAUGUUGUGUUACGUUGUCUCAGCGAGACAGGACAUAUGGAACCUAAGUAUAUAACCAGCCGGUAAAGAUCCAGUGUGUGUUAGUCAUUGAUUUAUAUUUAUUAUUCUGUAUAAAUAAAAUUAUUAUGGCCAUUUAUAUACUGCAAUAUAUAUGUAUUUUUUAUGUAGUUCAUAGAUAUAUUAGAUUUAUAGAUUAAUGUGUAAUCAUUGUAAUAAAUAUCAUCGGAAUUUGGUUUUUUCUAGUGUUGUAUCACGUAUUUGAUUAAAUUAAGAAUAUAAUUUAUAUUAUCAUUUUAUAAAAUCGUUUAAAUUGUAUAUAUUAUGGUUAUAAAUUUUGUAUGUCUGAUAGUAUCGAGUGAUUCUUACCAAGCUAGCUACCUCAUACAUUACAUUGCAAGAGCUGAGGCAAGUGUUCACUGUUGUGGAAAGGGAAUAUGUUACUUGAUAUAAAACAGUUAUUUAUGAUAUAUUUAAAAAAAUAUAUAUAAUAAAUAUUUGAUUUAUUAUUUAUUAUUGAUAUCCAGUUUAAGAAUUCACGUUGUUUCAUCAAUUGAACUGUCCUUUCAAUCUAUAUAAUUAUCAUGUGUCUAAAAUAUUACUUUCAGUAAAAUUUAACUUCUAAAAAAAAUAAUAUCUAUAAUGUAUUUAAGUAAUAUUGCUAUAUUUGUAUCACAGGAACACAGAUCCAAUAACGGAUUUAAAUGUAAGUCGCAGCUGUUGAAGAUAAUCGAUCAAAGUGUUAAGACUGACAUAUUAAAACAUCAAUUAGAAAAUUGUGAUAAAUAACUGUUUAAAAAUUGUUGAAUUAAAAUCCAAUAGAUUUUGCACAACAUUGUUCGGUUAAAUAAUGUAUUUAUUAACUGUAUCCAACCCAUGUGAUUAUGAUUCUUAUUUAUUGUACUUGUAAAAAUUAUUUAAAUCGCUUUUUUAUUAUUAUCUUAAAUUGAUCGUUUUGUUUAUGAUGAAUUAUAUUAUAAAAAACAUUAAGGUUAUAAAUUUAAUAAAUUUAUUAUCUUUUAUUCUUUAGCAUUGUUUGGAAUUCGAAUUUUUAUCGACAUUUUUAUGAUGUGAUCUUAUAAUUUUAUAUGGCAACUUUAAUGUGACAUUUUGUUGAAUAAGAAAUUAAUAGGGCUGUAUCCCUGCGAUUAUUCAUAUCCACAGUGAAAUAAAACGAGAAUUUACUUAAAUGUUACUAUGUUUUUAUAAAAAGUAAUGCAAUUAUAAUAUAAGUAUUGGUAAAUAUUUGAUAUGUUAAUAAAAAUAUGAUGGAA